AUCUAACAUUUUCGGCCUCCCCAGGCAUCGUUACCAAACCAGCACCUCGUUACUAGUCUAUAGGCUAUAAGCAUUUUUUUCUAUUGUAUACUGCCCGAAUCUAACUUUGUCUUCUCGAACUUAGUGCGUUUCGUUAUGCAGAAUUCAAUAUCAGCGCGAGGCUACAAUCGCAAGUCGCAACUAGGAUCACAGGUCUAUCAUGGAGUUCGAGUUUCAUGAAAACGGAGUUCUCACCGGCGUCGCAGGCUCCUUUUGCCUGCUUUGUGAGAAGUACAUUACAAAAACCGAUCUAACUGUUCAUAUUGCAAAUUCAGAGCAUAAAGAGAGAUUGGCGCCAUCUGCUUAUUUAGACAAAUAUAAAGAUGACCGCAUUCGAAAGGUUAAAAUGGGCUACUACUGUGAGCCUUGUAACAUAUUAAUACAAACAUCAUCAAAAGUUGGCGUUCAUGUAGGUGAUACUACACAUGAUAAGAACAAAACUUAUCAUCUAGUAAGAGAAGUAGAUAAAGGAUUGGUUGCAUUUGAUGAUAUAUUAAUAGAGAGGCAAACAUGGAAUGGACAGAAUGUGGAAUCUUGUUAUGUUUGUAAUGUGGAAUUUUCUGAUGAGAACAAACAUUGUAAUGAAUCAUCUCAUAUUCUGAACAUCAUACAGAGUAAAUUGGAACUCAAGAGGGGCAAAUAUGUUUAUCGCAAGAUUGAUGAUGUAGUUUUGAAUUGCCUUAUCUGUAACAGUUUAAUCACUGUAGAUUCAAAGGAAUCUCAUGCAGAAGACUCCGAUCAUACAAAUAAUUUCAUUAAAUGCCAGAAUAAUUAUAAAAAAUUCAAAAUACAGAGUGCACACACAAAUACACUAAGAGAAAUUAUACCUACUAAAACAGAAUUAAGGGGAAAAAAUGGAGAAGAAAUGAAUACAGAUAAUAUGAAGUUAGAUGUUUCAAUGGAUAAUUGUAAUGGAGAAGAUUAUCAGAAAACUGAAAGUGAUUGUCAAAAGAUCAUUGUCUUCAAAGUUCAGAAUGCACACACAGAGCAUACACCCAAAGGUACCACUGAUACUGAAUUAAGUGUUGGAGUGAAUGGAGAAUUAACCAAAGCUGAUUCUAAGAAGUUAGAUGUUGCAAUUGAAAAUUGUAAUGACGAUGGAGUAGAAAUUGAUAAGGAAAACAAGAAAACUGAAAGUGAUUGUCAAAAGGUCAAUGACUUCAAAGUUCAGAAUGCACACACAGAGCAUACACCCAAAUGUACCACUGAUACUGAAUUAAGAUUUGGAGUGUAUGGAGAAGGAACCAAAGCUGAUUCUAAAAAGUUAAAUGUUGCAAUUGAAAGUUGUAAUGACAAUGGAAUAGAAACUGAUAAAGAAAACAAUAAAACUGAAAGUGAUUGUCAAAAGGUCAAUGACCUCCAAGUUCAGAAUGCACACAUAGAGCAUACACCCCAAGCUACCACUGAUACUGAAUCAAGUGAUGGAGUGAAUGGAGAAGGAACCAAAACUGAUUCUAAUAAGUUAGAUGUUGCAAUGGAAAAUUGUAAUGACAUAGUUUCGCCGCAAGAAGCUUUGAAAAGUGCAAUGCAAUUCGCCCAUGCAAAUCAUAUGAAAUACAAGCGCAACAACACAUAUUGCAAAGUUUGUAAUGUUAAGAUCGCAUCGUCCCUUUUAAGGCUCAAAGAGCAUGUUGCAGAAAAAAAACAUCAAGAAAAAGCUGCACGAUGCUCUGAAGUUGUUAUCAAAAAGGUUCCUUUCAUUGAAUUUUUUGAUAGCGAAUUCACAGUGAAGUCUUUAUUUACACGUGAUACUAUAAUUAAUGAAAAUUUUUGUUUGACUUAUGCUAGCUUUCAAACAAUUAGUCAACAUGGAAUGAAAUUUAGAUGUCAGAUAUGUGAAGUCUCUAUGGAGGGAGAAAAUAAAGUAUUUUUCCAUGCAAGUCAGUGGGAACAUACUAAAGGGAUUCAACAAGCGUCUGUCCUCACAACGUUUAAAGAGGAGUUCGUGAGAGAGAUUCGGCCGGGGGUCUACCAUUGUGGCUUUUGCAACUUCAUUGAAGCGAGUAUGACCGGCCUCAGAAAUCAUCUAAAAUCCUUCAUGCACGGAGCGAAAAAGAACGAGGCUCGAAUUCGCCUUGGCAAAGGUUUGGCGGCCUUGCGAGAACAUGAACAAAACGAAUUUUUUGCUCGGUUAUUUUACGGCGCCAGCCUACUUUAGUUUAUAUUUCUAUCCAUGUUCCUUGAGGUAGUUGAAACAACAAUUCGAUAAAAUUACGUUAUAUU